AGCUACCCCCAGCCGGGCCUCCACUCACAGCCCGACUAAGUAUCACAAUCGUGCAGGCGAAACUUGUGAAAAAUUAUGGUCUUACGCGAAUGGACCCGUACGUACGUCUUCGAGUGGGCCACUGCAUAUACGAGACACACACCGACCCCAGCGGUGGGAAGACGCCGAGGUGGAACAAAGUCAUCCACUGCCUCCUGCCGCCAGGCGUGAACUCAAUAUACCUGGAGAUAUUCGACGAAUGCUCGUUCACGAUGGACGAGCUGAUCGCCUGGUCCCACAUCACCAUACCGCAAGCUGUGCUCAACGGAGAGACACACGAAGACUGGUACCCUCUGAACGGCAAGCAAGGCGAUGGAGUGGAGGGCAUGAUCAACCUCGUCCUCAGUUAUUCGGUGGGCCCGGCAGCGGUGGCGGCGUUCCCACCAGUCCUAGUAGUCCCAAGUACCGGCAUGGGCUACGCAGCGAUGCCGGUGUACCCGGCGCCGGCGCAAUACCCGCAGCCGCAGCCGCAACCGCAGCCGCCGCAGCAGCCGCCGGUCACUGCUGAACAGCUGCAGCAGAUCGAAGAAAUGUUCCCGAGUAUUGACAAAGAGGUGAUCAGGUCUGUGCUAGAAGCGAACCGCGGCAACAAAGACGCCACCAUCAACUCGCUCCUGCAAAUGUCGGAAUAGAACGUCAGAUAUACGAGUCUACUUAACCUUAGUUCAGUUUGCGGCAUAUCAAUUCAGACCCCCUAGACAAAUGGCAAAAAGUAACAGUUGCAAUUUUGAAAGGCCUUCGCUCCGAAAAAAAAAGGCAUCGCAGCUGGAAAUUCAGCAUGUGACGUCCACCCAUAAGGUGUAACCACGACCUCAUAAGAGACAGAAUCGAAUAAUUUCGAUUCUUUGAGUGCAUUCGAAUCCAAUGAACAAACACCUUAAUCAAAUUGGUUAUUACCAUUUAAUCAAUAAUUCUGAAACUCUAAAACAUUUUACUGUCUGUAUUUAAACUAGCUUUAGACAUUCAGAUUCUGAAUUGAUAUGUCGCAUUAAAAAUCAGUGCUGUAAGCAUUAGCCCGUCAAAGUAUGUGCAUAUGCCAUGCAACAGUGGCUUUUAUACUAUACAUAUAAUAAGCUUAAGACCCACAUCGUACUUGUAUAAAAUACAUUCGUACACUCACUAUUUCAUUUCGAUCUACUUAUUAUAGGUCCGUUCAGUCAGUUAUUAGAAAUGGCGAAAUCCUAUUAUGUCAUCUUGUUCAUAGAGAAAUGUUUGUAUUAUUAUACAAUUUAAAUUCUACAAAACCACAUUUUCAAAUGGACUCAAUAAGUCUUCUAUUUUAUUGAUAUCUAUGGCUUUUCUGUGGUACACUACGCUGUUGCCACUUAUUUGGAUUAUAGGAAAAUUAUUAGUUCUUUUGACAUUACGUUUAGAUGCAGUACAAUUCAUUCCCUAAUUGCCAACUAAGAUAAAAAUAGUUUUCAUUAAAUUGGAAUCUUUUUACAUUUCAAUUAAGUUUAAAAUAUGGUGGCUUAUAAAUUCUUUAAACACCCUGUCAAAAGAACUUACAAAAUAUCCUCUUUAUUAUUAGUAGGACCAAUAGGUAUCUAGUUAUGGAUCGAAAGUAUAUUUCACACAAAAUGUUAUAUUAUAUUAAUAGCAGAGCAUUUAUAGGACGAGCACGCUGUUAAAUCUACUUAUUUUGUAUAUAAAAAUAAUUUUCAAUUCGAUUUUUGAGUAGUUAUUUAAUAACUUAAUGGUGAUAUCAUUUUGUAAACCAUUAGUAUUUUCACAAUUAGGUGGAACCAUGACCUUUCUCAAGUGUUGAUUCAAUUUAUCUAAUUCACUAUAAAAAUAUAUUUCACAUGUUAUCAGCCUAUCGGUCUCCUUUUACUAUUCUUGAGUAAUAAAUAAUUCCACGGGUUAUUAUGGAGAAUUUUCCAAUUUUUUUUAUCAUUGUUCUUAAACCUGAACCAAAUGGUUUUAUCUUUAAUUUUGUAUUGUUUGCUCAAAACGCAAUUUUAAUUUUACGAUUGGUUUUUAGUCUACAAACAAACGUGAUAUAAUGUGAUUGUAUUGUCUUAAAAAAUAAUGAAUUUUGAUACCAAUAGUCUGCACAGUAAAAUCGCUAGAGAACACAAAAAUUAUUCACUUUAUUAUUGUAUUCACCAAGGCCUUUUCUUCAUAUUUUAUAUAAUUUUUUAGAUAAUUCUUAAUGAAGCCGCAAUUCUUAGGUAUUAGAGAGCAAAGUUGCAAAGAUAGUAGACUUCACGAAGGCUUAUCGGCUAAAUUUUGUGCCAAAUCAUUUGCCAUCGAUACUACAUUCGCUUAAACAAAGUAUAUUAUUGUUGUAUUUAUUUGUAAUUUUACAAUGUAUUAAUAAAUAAAUUAUUGACUAAA